AUCAGCAUCGAGAGGUGUGCAUCCAUCCUCUGCCCGCUCUGGUACCGCUGCCACCGCCCCCAGCACCUGUCAGGGGUGGUGUGUGCCCUGCUCUGGGUCCUCUCUGUCGCUGUCAUUGCCACAGUGACUUCCCUGUGCCUCUUGGAUGAGCACCAGCCCUGCCAGGUGUCUCUCAUCUCCACGUACAUCCUCAACCUCCUCCUCUUUGCUCUGCCCAUGGUCAUUUCCAGCGCAGUCCUCUUCAUUAAGGUCAAAUGUGGCUCCCAGCAGCAGCAACCCAGGAGGCUCCACAUCGUUAUCUUCCUCACUGUCAUCUUCUUCCUCAUCUUCGCUCUUCCCCUCAGCCUCUUGCAUUUCCUGCAGCAGCUCAGCUACUCCUUCGUGUCCUCCCAGGUUGUUUUCCUGCUCGCCUGCAUCCACAGCAGCAUCAAACCCCUCACUUACUUCUUGGUGGGGAGCUGCUGGAGGUGCUGCUCCCUGGUGUCCCUCCAGGUCUCCUUCCAGAGGGUCUUCGAGGAGAUGGAAGAGAACACUGCCUGCAGCAAUGGUGCCACCAUGGACACGAUGGUCCUAGACUGUUGAAGGACCUCGGGACAGUGGCUGAGGGUUUCCCUGAGUCACCAGAUUAAUAAAUAUCCACAAUAUUUCCUCCAGUGUCACCGUCCUGCAGUGUAAUCCCACUAAUCCCGCCGGAGAGGGGAGCAGGCGCAUUGCCAAGGGCAGUGUGGGAGGAAUGCUCUGCAGGGAGCAUGUUGGAGCACAGCUUUCUCCU